CUGGCCUAAGCCGAGAAGGUUCGAAGCCCCCGCCUCCUCCUACAACCCACCCACCUCUCUCACCGCACUCAAGUUAAAUUCUAAAACGUGAGCAUUGACUGCUAAAUCCCCUGCAGGAAGCCCGGGUGGGAGACAUACAGUACAAGUGCAAUGAAAGACGAUGCUGUCAAAGCGGGCCUCCAGAACAGCACCGGCAGCCAGACUGUGGACCCUCUGCCCGCCUCGGAGGAGAAGAUGGAGGAGAGGGGUCAGUGGAGCAACAAGGUGGAGUUCAUUCUGUCCGUUGCCGGCUCCAUCAUCGGCUUGGGCAACAUGUGGCGCUUCCCGUACCUCUGCUACAAGAACGGAGGAGGGGCUUUCCUUAUCCCGUAUCUCAUCUUCCUGUUUUCCUGCGGCGUUCCAGUCUUCUUCCUGGAGACGGCGCUGGGACAGUUCACCAGCGAGGGAGGGAUAACAUGCUGGAGAAAAAUUAGCCCCUUGUUUGAAGGUCUUGGCUACGGCACACAAGUGAUCGUGACCUUGCUGAACUUCUACUACAUCGUGGUCCUGGCUUGGGGGAUGUUCUACCUGUCCUUCUCCUUCUCCUGGGACCUUGCCUGGUCUUCCUGUAACAACUCAUGGAACACUGAAAACUGUGUGGAGUUUCAGCGGAGAAACAUCUCCAUCAAUCAAACCAUCUUCUCCCAUGCCACCUCUCCUGUCAUGGAGUUUUGGGAGAGACGAGCGCUAAGGAUCUCGCCCGGCAUCGACCAUAUGGGCUCGCUCAACUGGGACCUGGUUCUGUGUCUGUUCAUCGCCUGGGUUAUGUGCUACUUUUGCAUCUGGAAGGGGGUUAAGUCCACAGGAAAGGUGGUCUACUUCACUGCAACCUUCCCUUAUUUGAUGCUUAUUGUGCUGCUGGUGCGAGGGCUCACUCUGCCUGGAGCCGGCAUCGGCAUCCAGUUCUACCUCUAUCCUGAUUUGGGACGUCUGGCAGACCCACAGGUAUGGAUGGAUGCCGGGACCCAGAUCUUCUUCUCCUAUGCUAUUUGCUUAGGGUCCCUCACUGCGCUGGGCAGCUACAACAAGUACAACAACAACUGCUACAGAGACUGCCUGGCGCUCUGCUUUCUGAACAGCGGCACCAGCUUUGUGGCCGGCUUCGCCAUCUUCUCCAUCCUGGGUUUCAUGUCGUAUGAGCAGAAUGUUCCCAUCUCAGAGGUGGCAGAGUCCGGUCCUGGUCUUGCCUUCAUUGCUUACCCUCGUGCCGUGACCAUGAUGCCUUUCUCUCCUCUGUGGGCCGCACUCUUCUUCAUCAUGAUUGUUUUCUUAGGGCUGGACAGUCAGUUUGUGUGUGUGGAGAGCCUGGUGACCGCCAUCGUCGACAUGUACCCUGCCGUGUUCCGACGUAAAAACCGCAGGGAGCUCUUCCUCCUGGUUGUGGCUUUUCUCUCCUUCCUGGUGGGCCUCGUCAUGCUAAUGGAGGGUGGGAUGUACGUCUUCCAGCUUUUCGACUACUACGCCGCCAGUGGCAUGUGUCUUCUCUUCAUGGGCCUCUUUGAGACCGUCUGCAUCGCUUGGGUCUACGGUGCGGAUCGCUUUUACGAUAACAUCGAAGACAUGAUCGGCUACCGCCCUGGGCCUUAUAUCAAAUACUGCUGGUUGUUCUUCACCCCAGCAACCUGUAUUGGUACAUUUGCAUUCUCUCUCAUUAAAUACACCCCUUUAAAAUACAACAAUGAGUAUGUGUACCCAUGGUGGGGGUACGUGAUUGGCUGGCUGCUGGCUCUUUCCUCCAUGGUUUGCAUCCCUCUUUGGAUGGUGUACAAGAUCAGCACCACCCAGGGGACAUUCAGAGAGCGCAUUCGACUGCUCAUCACACCAUCAGAGGACUUGCCCAAAACAAAGAGGGAGCAGGAGAGGUUGCUGGCCAUUUUUGCUCCGGAGGAAAACACCAGCAGGAAUAAAAAUGGCUACCAUCCCGUUACGGAGCAAGACUCCAACUUAUGAGGCUCCAAUUAAUUUCUAUAUGCACCACUUAGAUGGAUUUGAUAUAGCCCUGAAGCCAUAUUUGUAUCAUAUUAUUGUAAUAUCAUGAGUGAUUUUUGUAUUUACAAGAAUGCAAUAAAAUGUAUUUUAUAUUUUAAGGUGAACUAUCUGAUGAAAAUAUGAAAGAUUAGUGUUUUAGAACUAAUGUAUCAAAGUAGUUUUUUAUUUUGACUGUAACAAAUUGUCUGUAUAAAAAUAAUUUGUAUGUCUGUUUUUAGAUAAAGGUGUAAAAUCCGAAAACAAAA